AUGAACCACGUCGGCGCGCCCGCUCAGUCUUUCCCCGGGCCCGUGCAAUUUCCAGGAGGCACCACCGUCUUAGUGGAACUGACUCCAGAUAUUCACAUUUGCGGACUCUGUAAGCAACAGUUCAAUAAUCUGGAUGCAUUCGUUGCGCACAAGAGAAGCGGAUGCCAGCUCGCCAGUACAACAGCUGGGACCACCAGUACAGUGCAGUUUGUGUCGGAAGAAAUGGUGCCGGCAACACAGACUCAAACCACAACUAGAACAAUCACUUCAGAGACCCAAACCAUUACAGUUUCUGCACCAGAGUUUGUUUUUGAACACGGCUACCAAACCUACCUUCCUGGUGAGAACAGUGAGCCUCCAAUGACAAAUGUGGUCACCACACCACCGAAACCUCGCCCCAAAAAAUCCACUGCAUCAGUGGCUCAGAAGAAACUCACCUGCUGCUAUCCAGGCUGUCAGUUCAAGACAUCCUAUGGUAUGAAAGAUAUGGAGCGGCAUUUAAGAACACACACAGGUGACAAGCCCCAUAAAUGUGAAGUUUGCGGUAAAUGCUUCAGUCGCAAAGACAAGCUGACAAUGCACAUGCGAUCCCACACUGGGUUGAAACCUCACAAGUGUAAGCACUGUGACUACGCAGCUGCUGAGAGCAGCAGCCUGAACAAGCAUCAGCGCAUACAUUCCAACGAGCGCCCUUUUAAAUGCCAGAUUUGCCCUUACGCUAGUCGUAAUUCCAGCCAGCUGACCGUACAUCUACGAUCCCACACAGGAGAUGCUCCCUUCCAGUGCCGUUUAUGCAGCGCCAAAUUUAAAAUCAACUCUGAUUUGAAGAGGCACCUCCGUGUGCACACCGGGGAGAAGCCCUACAAAUGCGAGUUCUGUGAUGUGCGCUGCGCAAUGAAAGGCAACUUGAAAUCCCACAUCCGUAUCAAGCACAACAUGGAGAACACCUUCAAGUGCCUGGAGUGUGAGUUCCAGUGUGGGAACAAAACCAGCCUCCGGCAGCACCUGCGCACCCAUCAGCCCGAGCAGCCGGUGAAGUGUCCGGAGUGCAGCUACUCUUGUUCCAACAAAGCAACCCUCAAGGUUCACGAGAGGAUUCACUUCAAGGAUCGCCCUUUCAAAUGUGAGUUCUGCAGCUUUGACACCAAACAGCGGAGCAACCUGACCACCCACAUGAAGAAAGUGCACCGAGAGAAAGUGAAGGUCAAGAAGAAAAUCGCGGAGAAGACCGAAGGAGACAGGCCAAAGGAUGGCUGCGCCAGGCAGGUGGCUAGGCUGGAGGCCAAGAAAGCAUUCAGAUGUGAUCUCUGUGAGGCCUCUUUUGUCCGGGAAGAUUCUCUGAGGAGCCAUAAGAGACAGCAUGUGGAAUUUAAUGGGACAAAAAAUACCGAGCUGGCUGUUUUGCAAUUCCAGAUGGACCCAAGUAGGCCAAGCGGGGCUCCUAUUACAGUCAGUCAUCUCCACGUGCCGUUGCAGGCAUCACCCUACAGCGAAGGGCAAGUCAAGAUCAUCGUGGGGCAUCAGAUGCCUUCAGCCAGCAACCUCGUUGAAGCGGCUUCAGUCAACGUCGUGCCUCCCACUUUAAUAAGCCAGAAUCAGGAAAACCUGGCGGGCAGCAGCCAGUUGCAAAUACUGCAGCAGGUGAGCUUGCUCGCAUCACCUCUCCCCACAGGGUCUCAGACAGAAAGCAUUUCAGUAGGCCAACCAGCAGUUCUCCUAACAACUCAUGAUCAAACUGACGGCACAGCACACCAGACCCUAAUCCCUGCCCUUCCAGUGGGCAGCCACGAGGCCUCUGCUAACCAGGCGUUCAUCAACGGUGCUGGGAUCAGCUGCUCAGACUUGGAAGGGCUCAACGCAUUGAUUCAGGAAGGGGCAGGUGAAGUGACCGUGGUGAGCCAUGAGGAUCAGCACAUCACGGUGACCUCAGCUCCGCCCAUCUUUCCCCCCUCGGCGUCAAAGCAAACCUACUCUGUUAUCCAGAGUGAAGCCCAUGCAAGUUUGCUGUGUCCUGCAGAUUCCAUACCCGAUUAGUCCAGGUAGAGAAGGGGGGGUGGGAAUUCGCCUGUGUUCACCAUUCUGUCGGCAUAUCAAGUUCAGCCGGAUCAUGUCCUAGAUUUAGGCAGCGGAGUUCAGCAGAUAAAGCAGACCCUGGUGUCAGAAUGCCAGCCGAUUUCUGCCACUCACUGGAAACGGAACAUCUUCUUUGUCAGAGCAUGCCAUGUACAUGUAUUCAGCCUAGAGAUAUCACUGCAUUGGAGGGAAGAGAAGGGAAGUGUGGGUUGCUCUGAAUGGGUAUCGCUCAGAGGGAAUAAUCUCUUUAUUCAAAGAUCACCAUCUCCGUUUCCAGGAGUGGAACCCUUGCUUGGUGGGCCACCAUCGCAGACAAAUCUUCUCUUUAAUACUUCCUUCCCAAAUUGAAGAUUACAGCCUUAAAAAUA